GCACGUGAGAGGUUACUGCUCAAGUCUUGUGUGUGCUUUUUGAGCUUUUCUCUGCAUCCCAAAAAGUUAGUGUAAAGGAAAAAGGAAGUCUCCUCUGAAUCUCUCUCUCAACUCUCAACAGUACAAGUCAUAAGUCAUAGUAACAUAAUAGAGGGUUUUUGCUUUUGCUAUAAAAUGGAAUGAUAUGAUGUCUUUUUAAUAAUAACAACAACUCCAGUAGUCAAAAUAGUAGUAUUAACAGUAGGAGAAGUAUUGGGAGACUCGAGGGUUCGAGUAAUCUUUUCAUCAUCUGCCCACAAAAGCAACAGUUGGGUCGAGUGCAGAAGAGGGAUGAUGGCUCUAGAAGCUCUUUCCUCCAAUGAACUCCUGAAUUUCAUCAUCUAUGACACCAUUUCCGCCACCCCUUUCAGCAGCAAUGACAGCAAUAAUUCUUGUCAUGAGAAUUCUACCAACUUCUUGCUGGACAAUGGAGGGCUGAAAACUGAUAAUUGUGGGGGUGCCGAAGCUGGUGGGGGUUUAGAAAAUUGUUCUUGCAUGCCGCCUCCGCCGCCUCCCGUGCAGUCGCAAAGGCAGCAGAAUAGUUUGGCGGUGCAAGGCAGGAAGAAGAGGAGGAGAAGGCAAAGAGUUUGCAAGAAUAAAGAGGAAGCUGAGACCCAAAGGAUGACUCACAUUGCUGUUGAAAGAAACCGUCGUAAACAAAUGAAUGAACAUCUUGCUGUCUUGCGUGCUCUCAUGCCAGAAUCCUAUGUUCAAAGGGGUGACCAGGCCUCUAUAGUUGGUGGUGCUAUAGAAUUUGUGAAGGAGCUUGAGCAUCACUUGCAAUCCCUUGAAGCACAAAGGUUCUUGCUAUUACAGCAACAUGGAGGAGCAAAUGACAAGACCACCACCACCAUGGCCGCAGCCAUUGCCACGGCCACCGGGAACAAGUGUUUUCCUCCAGCUCCAACCCCAUUUGCUCAAUUUUUCGCUUACCCUCAAUACACAUGCUCAGCCCAAUUGCCAAACAAGUACACAUCCAAGAGCAAGGCAGCAAUUGCAGAUAUUGAAGUCACUUUGAUUGAAACUCAUGCAAACGUUAGAAUCCUUUCAAGAAGAAGAGUUAGACAGCUCUCCAAAAUGGUUACCGGCCUACAGACGCUGUACCUCACCAUCCUUCACCUAAAUAUCACAACUUUGGACCCUUUGGUCCUAUACUCCAUCAGUGCUAAGGACACCGUUAUCGACCCUUACCUAAUUCUGAAGAAAAAUGACUAGAGAAUGCUAGCUGCCACUUUAAAGUUUACACAUGCUGCAGUUACUAUUCGAAGAAAUCAUGGACCAUUGGGUUCUAUAGAAUAGACAGGUUAAACUUAGUGCAAUGGGUAUAUUGGGCAUUCCAGUGGUCUUUUAUCCAACGGUAUAUGUUAGGCUGUGGUCUUUUUUCUUUUUUUUUUUUUAUGGGUCGAUUGACAUUUGUCUACUCUGCAUCUGCACCUGCCCCUACUCUUACUCUAGCCUAUUUAGAAGGGAUAUGUUAGGGGUCAUUGAUGAUCAUAAGAAAUGGUAUCCUCAAAUUUUUACACUUCUGAGUGACUUACUUUUGUAUUUUUACAAUUUAGGCAAAAUAAUGAGAGGGUUUUUUUGGGGGGCUAAAUUUUGGGAUUUGUCAUG